ACGAAAUAACCUCUGAAAUCCGUAAUGUUUAGAAAAUGAAUCCCGUAAUAUUUGGAUAUGUAUAGCCAUGAGUGAUGAUGACUGAAAGCGGUGGUAACGUGGGGGGGUUAUCGUGUAUCUGCAGGUGAGAGAGAGAGAAAGUUUGUGAUAGGGAAAUUUCCGAUCUUCUCUCGCAACCCUAAGAAUCCAACAAAUUUGCUACCAUACUUGUUAGAUAUAAAAACCAGAGGAAACCCCAUUUCCACAAUCUUCACCCUAUAACCGCGCACAUCUAUCUUGAUUCCUGUUCUUUCUUCAUAUCUAAGUUUACCAAAGAUUGGAUUGACAAUGGCGAAAUCGAAGAAGCUGGAGAGGAGAUCGGACUCCCAGCACCAUUUAGUUAGCCUGCGUAAGCUAUCAUCUAGGUGCACGAAGGUCUGCGGAGACGCCCACAAUGGGAAGAAAACAUCCGAAAAGAAGGAAUGGGAAGAUGCAGAAUGCUCGGUCUGCUUGGAGUUUCCUCACAAUGCUGUUCUCUUGCUCUGUUCCUCGUAUGAUAAGGGCUGCCGUCCUUACAUGUGCGCUACUAGCCAGCGCUACUCUAAUUGUCUUGAGCAGUACACGAAAGUUACCCCAGACCGGAGCUCAAAAUCACAGCAACUAUCAUCUGAACUAUCUGGGAUUUUGUGCCCUCUUUGCCGGGGCCAGGUGAAAGGCUGGACUGUGGUGGAGCCUGCGCGUAGAUUUCUCAAUGCAAAGAAGCGAGCCUGCGUGCAGGAGGGCUGCUCAUUUGUGGGCCGCUACAAAGAGCUCAGGAAACAUGUAAAGUUAGAGCACCCUCUGGCACGUCCCCGGGAUGUAGACCCUUUGCAUGCCGAGAAAUGGAAGAAGCUCGAGAAUGAGAGGGACAUAAGCGACGUGAUUAGCACGAUCAGAUCCACCAUGCCUGGGGCAAUUGUUAUUGGUGAUUACGUGAUAGAGAGGGACCGUCACGGUUACAGGGAUUAUGAUGAUGAUUUGGAUGACGACGAUGAUGAUAGUACUGAUGAUGAUUUAGAUGACUUGAUGUUCAGGGCCCCAGCAUACGGUGAGCACUGGGAUACCGGAGUUCGAGCUGCAGCCCCCGACAGGCGCCAUCGUCCGGGACAACGUGUGAGAUUAUUGGCACAGCGUAUGACGGGGCGGCUCAGAGGGCGAGGCAGGUAAUGUGGUUGGUUUCUCUGUUGCAAGGAAAGUAGGUAACAUGAAAAUUUAGAUUUGUUUUUGCAUUUGAUUGGAAAAAAACAUUACUAUGUAUUGUAGUGAAUUGUUUAUUGUUGGUUUUUGUUAGUUUUGUACGGCGCUGUGCUGAUCGUAGUUCCUUUUCACUGAACAUAAUCCCCAAAUAUGAAAAAGAAAGAUAGAAAGAAAAACAUGUAACAGUUCAUUGUUUAUAUAAUGUGCAUGAUUUUCUUUUUUGAUA